AUGGUGAUGGAAUCCAAAACGACAAGCAAAACAAGUUGCUUGAAAGCACUACUUCUCCGUGCUUGGCGAGAAAGAUGGACCGAUCUGCAAUGGGGCAUUAAUAUCAAAACUGUUCUACCUCGGGGCGUCAGUGGAGAUGUCUACAACUUGGCAGAUUGCAUCUUGCAACAAGCAGUUGUAGGAGCAGGGGCAAAUCAACUGGUACUUAGUUAUUUGAGACAUUCUUUGAGUGCCCAACUGGUAUCACAUGCAGCAGUAUUACAAAGACUCAGUAAAUAUAGCCAGCUCAGUAAAGUUCAUUGUGUUCUCAGUUUACUGGAGUUCUUGGAAGGUAUGCUUCCUGGUGUGACAGUAGGCUUUGGUAAACCAGAAGAGACUGUCUUAGCUACUGCUGUACUGUCUGUAGCAUCAUGGCUGCUUAGUAUUCUUCAGCAAUGCAAGGCAACACAGACUAUUGUACAAAAAGCUACAGAGCUGUUGAAAAUCUUGCUUACUGAUGAAUUUUAUGUGUCUAUGAUGUGUCUUGCUAGAUAUAAUGACCCUGAAUUGUAUACAGAGACCAAUAGGAAAUGCUUGGAGCUUGAACCAAGCCUCACAGAAGCUGAUGAAGUGCUGAAAUAUGUGAGAAAGCUAUCAAACAUAGAUGUACACAUGCUACAACUACCUGUUGAUAGUGAAAAAUGGCCUGGCUCCCUUAUACAGUGUUGGCUUGAGGUGAAAUUAACUGGGGACCCUGGAACCCCCACACCAAUACUGUGCCAACAACUGCAAAUUUUCCAAAAACUCAAAGGAUUUGAUGAUGCUAGGUUAUAUGCAGAACUAAUGCGUGGCAGUCUCUUAUCCCUCUACAAUGUCAGUCAGACUUCACAUGAGAGCCAGUGGGGGGCAUUUGCCUUCCUGAAAGUGCCCCACAUUCUGCUGGAAUUGCCUGGAAAGUCUGAUCCUACCAGUGUGGUCACUGCAGUGGAUCUGAUGCUGCAGCACAGCCCUCUAUUGGAUGCCAUGGAUGCAAACAGCACCUGUUCAAGUCUAAAGUGUCUUCUGGAUGAAUUGGUGAAAAUGAGGCUGCUGAGUGAGGCACAGAUGAAGAUGCUCCUGGAAAAAAGAAAGGCUCCACCAUCCUUGAAGAUGGACACAGGACCUGGUAGCAAUGGAAUGCCUACUUAUUGGCAUAUAUGUGCAGAAUCUACACUUGCUGGUAUACUCAAAACAUUGUCAACUGAUUAUCACAAAAUUCAGGAUGCACUUUUGGGUAUGCUGCAUCAAGUCUUGACUGGCAAAAGUUUUGAGCUGAUCUUAGCUGUAGCUACUGUCCAAGGACAGUUGAAGACCCUGGUCAAUAGAUUGAUACGUUUCAAUGAAUGCUCCAAGUCUGGAGGGGACAAGGCUAGGUCUCAGCUGUUUGACAUAACUUUCCUGAUGCUGGUAGCCAUUGUUCAGAAUUAUGGGGCUUCAUUGGUGCUGGAGUCAGAUGGGGACUCUCUGUUUGAGCAGUGGGUGAGGAACUGCAUGGUAGAGAGGCAGAGACCCAAAGCUCCUGAGCAGUUGCUCAGAUUAGGUGAUCCCGCCAUGAUAGACUCCCUCCUGGAGCAAUUCAACUCCGGCGAGUCGGACUUCAAACCUGGCGUCAAAUGGCAGGACGUGCUCUUCAACGUGGCUGGCGUGAUGCAGGAAGUCCUCGUGGCGUGGGAGCAGGGCGCUCUCCUGGCGCAGGACGUGAAACGCAUCCUGGACGCGGUGCGGGGAAAAAUGUGCUGUUUGCCGCUCGCCGCUGCCGCCUGGCUGUGCGCGUACAUGCGUACUGCGCCUCAGGACACGCUCCUCAAGCCCGUUAAUAUGGUUCAACAAUUGCUGGCUACUCCGAUCACCGACGAAGACAGUCUCAGAGACAGGUGGCAGCUGACCCACGAAAUAAUCAGAAAAAUGCAAAGAGAUGUUCAAUUGCCUUUACCUACGAAGAGUAGCCAUCACCUGGUAUCCAGGCAACCAGCUACAGAACAACUGAGCACCGCUUGGAAAUGGGGCAUACUCAGAGGGUGGCUGGACCAUGAAUCGGCCAGGACCCUUCACUGUCUCCUGGACACUGCCGGCGACAGAUGGCUGGUCUCCGCAGUGAUCCAGGAACUGCUCAAGCUGCGCUAUAGAGACAGGCUGCAGCGCGGCGUCGACCUCGCCCUGGCGAUCUUCCACGUGGACAUAGCUGGCUGCACGCUCCAGCUGCUGUCGCACGUGCUGCCGCAGCUGCUGUACAACGACAUACAGGCGGACAGUCUGAUGGAGCCGCAGCUGCCUGCGCUGGCGUAUCUGACGAGUUAUUGUGUGUACACUGCCGUGGAUUCGCUGAGAGAGGACACUGACGGCGAACCACCUCUGGCGAAAAUACCACGAAUGAUGGACAUGGGGGAAGAACCGAAACCUCUGGACCAACUCCUCACGGCCCUGCGGCAGCUCCUCCACAUGUUCGAGGGGGGCAUUCAAGAGGGGGCCGUUACCCAGCAGACCUACUUCGCUUUCUACCUGAUUAAGGCCUUGGUGGAGGUCAAGGUCAACUCGGCCAGCGCCGUUUUGGCCACCAUCUCACCCGGUUUGAUCUCGGAUUUGUUGAAGACUAUGACGGAUUUGUUCAGUUAUCCCCUUUUGUUGCACGUUCAUGACGUUUUUACUAGUUCGGGGAGGAGUAAUAUGGCUAAAGAUUUGUGUAUUUUGAGGAAUUACUACCUGAGGAACGCUCCUAGUGUUAGUAAUUAA